AUGAUCUUCGCUGCCCGUCAAAUUCAGGUGAAGGGCCAGGAGAUGCGGACCCACCUAUACUCUACCUUCGUGGACCUGACGAAAGUCUUCGACACGGUUCAUCGUGAAGGACUGUGGAAGAUCAUGCGGAAAUUCGGCUGUCCGGAGCGAUUCACUCAGAUGGUGCGUCAGCUGCACGACGGUAUGAUGGCGCGAGUCACGGACAACGGAGCUGUCUCAGAGGCAUUCGCAGUGACCAACGGAGUGAAGCAGGGAUGUGCGCUGGCGCCUACCCUCUUCGGUCUUAUGUUCUCUGCCAUGCUGAUGGACGCCUACCUCGACGAACGCCCCGGGAUCCGCAUCGCCUACAGGACGGACGGUCACCUGAAUCAACGGCGGAUGCACUUCCAGUCGCGCGUAUCCACAACCACCGUUCACGAACUCCCCUUCGCCGAUGACUGCGCCCUGAACACCACCUCGGAAGAAGAGAUACAACGGAGCAUGGACCUCUUCUCCGCCGCCAGCGAGAACUUCGGUCUGGUCAUUAACACGCAGAAGACGGUGGUGAUGCAUCAACCGCCACCCAACUCAGCCACAGCCCCCAACGCGCCGCCGCAAAUCAACGUGAACGGAACCCAACUGCAAGUGGUGGAGAACUUCCCGUACCCGGGCAUUACCCUCUCCCGUAACACCAAGAUCGAUGAAGAAGUGGCCAACAGGAUCUUGAAAGCCAGUCAAGCCUUCGGUCGCCUCCAAAGCACAGGUUGGAAUCGUCGUGGUCUUUAA